CGCAGGCGCCGCGGCGGCGGCGGGCGCGCAUGCGCACCGCGCGGCCCCCGCUGCGCGGCGCGGCUGGAGCGGCGGCCCCUGCAGGCGCGGGGGAGGCGCUGCCCGCGCUUCGCGGCCUGCUCCCCUCCCCCCCCCCAGAUCCCCCUGUGCCGCCGGGGUGCGCCCCGCGGGGACGCCGCAGGCCAGGGCGCUGGGCCGCGGCGUUCCCGAGAGCGGUCAGACGCCGUCUGUAGCAAGGGAGCCCGUGUGGACUGUCGUUUAACUAAGAACCAGCUGUGGCAAUGAGGCUAUGGUGGAAAUUGGAAGAACUUGUGCAGCAAAGGCAGUGCUAAAACAAAUGUAAGAAGGACAGGUCUUGCUGAGAGUGCCAGCCACGGCAACCUUCCACCCUUGCAAAAAAAGUCUUUGUCAUGGCAUAUAAGGGAGCACAUUUGGCUUUUAAGUCACGCUGGCAUAAAACAGAUGAAGAACUCUGUCGGCACAGCAUGUCCUUCAUCUUGCACAAGGCGAUCCGGAAUGACUUCUUUCAAAGUUACCUUUAUCUGCUGGAAAGGCUUCCCCUGGUGAAACUUUAUGCUUUAACAAGUCAAGUCAUCAAUGGUGAGAUGCAGUUCUACGCCAGGGCCAAACACUUCUACCAGGAGGUGCCAGCCACAGAAGAGGGCAUGAUGGGAGACUACAUUGAACUCUCCAGUACAGACAUCGAGUCCUCCAGGGAGUUUCUCAGGAAAUUUGUUGAGGGGGUGGGGAAAGCUGGCACCAACCGCGCCCUGGACUGCGGCUCUGGGAUAGGUCGGGUCAGCAAGCAUGUCCUGUUACCAGUUUUCAAGAGCGUGGAGCUGGUGGAUAUGAUGGAGAAUUUCCUGGCUGAGGUCCCGAAGUACCUAAAGGGCAAGGAGGACAGAGUAGAGAUGUAUUAUUGCAAAAGCCUUCAGGAAUUCACUCCAACCCCACAAAGAUAUGAUGUCAUCUGGAUUCAGUGGGUUUCAGGAUAUCUGACAGAUAAAGAUCUCCUGAAGUUUCUCAUCCGGUGCCAGAAUGGUUUGAAGGAUAACGGUGUUAUCAUUCUCAAGGACAAUGUAGCCAGGGAGGGCUGUGUCCUGGAUUGUCUGGACAGUAGUGUGAUCCGAGACCUGAACAUCCUCCACAGCCUCGUUGAAAUGAGUGGACUCACCAUCCUACGAGAGGAGAGGCAGGAGGGAUUCCCUGAGCAGUGUGUUCCCGUCUGGAUGUUGGCCAUGCAGAAAGACCCUGGCCAUUCCUGAUGGCAUCCUGUGACUACAGAGACUGGAAUAUGGAUCAGCCACAGGACUGUGAAGGAGAAGGGGGAAGAAAAGCAUCUGCUAGAAUCCUACUAACCAUGUACUGUUACUACUACAAUUCUAAGGGAUCGACUUCUGAAGGAUCAGGAAAUAAUUAUAUUUGAUCUAACUUCUCCGAGGGACUGUUCUGCUUCUAAACCCUGCCUGCUUCAUCAUUCUCUCCACUUUUAAAAGUCUUUUUAGCAGCUCAUCAUCAGAUUUUUCUUUCAUUAGAGAGUCAGUACUGUGACAAACCCCAUCUAGUUAAAGUAAUUUGGUCUGAUGUUUCCGUAGUGGCUAAUGCUUUUUCGAGUGCCCUAUAUGAGGGAUUAACAAAUAAGCCUGUUUUCUACAGUGGCACUUAAGUCUUCUUGGAAAUUAAGAAGGAUCUGUCAGAUCACUGAAGCAGGACAUUCAAUAACUUCUGGAUAACCUAGCCCAAAUUUCAACUAUCAUCACUAUCCAUACUUUAAAAUGUUUAAACCAAAAAUGUAAAAAAAGUUGUAUCUGUUUGUUGGCAUCAGCUGGGCAGUUUAUUUUUUGCAUUCCUGUCAGUUUGGACAAUAAAACAACCUGGCUAAUUUUC